AUGGAUCAUCUGAUCGUUGGUGUCUGGUGUGGAUCUUCACAGCAGAGAGUCACGGCAUACCCCAGGGGGCCCCGCCCAUUGCCAAGCCCUCUCCGCGCACAGGUCGAUAUGCAAAAUGCCCUCGGCUGUUUCUCCGCCGCCUUUCCAUCUUCACCCGGCCAAGACGACCUGGUCAGCUUGCACUUCUGUUGGUCAUUUCUUUCAGGUGGAAUAAAUACUCCAACGGACAUCCUCCAUGUUUCCCCAUCGUACCUGGUCGUGGUCGUCCCUGGCGAGUCGCAAAUCGACAAGCGCUCUGAGCUGUGGCUUGGCAGUCUAAAAGCCACCCGAGAUUUUUUAGCGCUAAGAUGGGCACAUACCACUUCACCCUUUAAGACUCGAGUCGUGAGACCCUCCGUACCGCCGACUAGCUCGAUCGAAAAGGAGCUCAAGACGCGGCUAGUCAACAUGUAUCUGGAGGAAGAAAAUCUGAGCGUGGCUACCCCUGAACAUUGGAGACGCAGUGAAAUAGAGUUGAAUUGGCUCAAGGUCGGGGCAACCAAGGAGCUCCUCCGACAGUCUCGACAUUCAAUCUCUUCCAUUUCACUUAAUCGACACAUUGAAACAAAAACCGGAAAACAGCCCUUCGUCGGUAAGCUGUUGGCUGAUUGGGUAGACCAACAUGUGUCAAAGAAGAAACCUUUAGCCUACAUACUUGGCAAUGUACCAUUUGGUGAUCUGACUUUUACCAUACGCCCUCCAAUCCUCAUACCCCGCCCGGAGACUGAGCAGUGGGUAACAGAACUAUCUCGAACAAUGAAUUCGUAUUUCCAAGCAAUCAGAUCGUCUCGUCCGUCGGCCGACGAAUCGACAUCACCCCAUCUCCCCGCUCCCAAACAGAGCCGACCAUCCUCUUUCAAGGUCUUAGAUCUCGGCACAGGCAGCGGCUGUAUCUCGAAUUACCUUGCUUAUCAUCAUCAAGAUGUUCAUGCGGUUGGGGUGGACAUUGACCAGGAUGCAGUCGGUCUGGCUCGGGAGAAUGGAACGACCCAUAAGAUUUUCUGUCCGAAUAAAUCUAGUCUUACUAACCGCAACCUGAGAGGCCGGGCAUCCUUCUUCAACUUAGACCUCUUCUCACCCACAUUUACUCAGAACCUCAAACAGGCCUCUCAGAGCUUGACCGGCUUCGACAUGAUCAUCUCAAAUCCACCGUAUAUCCCUCUUCCCGAUUAUCAUCACCUCCCACAAUCGGUCAAAGGCUGGGAAAGCUCGAUCGCAUUGAUUGGCGAUAGGGAUUCGAGAGAACUGAAUGUGCCCAACGGAGGACGAGUUCUUUCUAGAAGUAAUCGGCCGAGCGGAGACUAUGGUUUCUUUACCAGUUACCGAUCAUCCUUAUCACCCAACGCCACAAAAUCCGAAUCGGUGGCUGAUGGAGGGACAGAAGAACCGGACAUGAGACACCUUGGAAGGACGUCAACCGAUGCUGAAUCGAUGAUUGAGAAAAACCACAAAUCGCGCGGGCAGAAACAGGACGGACUGGAUUUCUAUCGUCAGAUCAUCCAGCUCGUCGCUACCGGAGGCUUACUGAAACCGGACUCGAGCAACUUCCAUCAUCGCUCUGGGGCCGCGGGUCAGCGGCUACCUAAGCUGGUCUUUGAGGUCGGCCAUGGUCAGGCUCAUUCGGUCAAGAAACUCAUCUUACAACUCUUGCCCGGAGAAAUCACCCAAGUGCUUAUUGUCAAAGAUUUCGCGGGGAUCGAGCGGACCCUGUUGUGUUACUAAGAUUCUACCUUAAUAUUCUUCUUAUCUCCCCCCCCCCUUUAUUAUACAAAAAUCAGCUCUGCUCC